CUGUUGUGGAAAGGAACAUAAGAGAUUUAAUUUCCUCUUUGCUAAUAAUUAGUGUAUCUUAAUCUUAGUGCUUAUAUAUAUAAAUAUAUAGUUAGUUAAUUAUAUUGCUACUAAGAUCUUUGGAAAUAAUAAUGGCAAGGAAAUUAGGGUACUUGAGAUUUUUUAUUGUUUGUGUGAUAGCAUCAAUUGUUGCAACAACACAUGCUCAAUUGCAGCUUGGUUUCUAUGCUAAAAGCUGCCCAAAAGCUGAGAAGAUUGUUUCUGAUUUUGUGAAUGAGCACAUCCACAAUGCUCCUUCACUUGCAGCUGCAUUAAUAAGAAUGCAUUUUCAUGAUUGUUUUGUCAGGGGGUGUGAUGGAUCAGUGCUUCUGAACAACACAAACCAGCAAGCUGAGAAGAAUGCUCCACCAAACUUGACAGUGAGAGGGUUUGACUUCAUUGAGAGAAUAAAGAGCCUUGUGGAAGCUGCAUGCCCUGGUGUUGUUUCUUGUGCUGAUAUCUUAACUUUGGCUGCCAGAGACUCCAUUGUUGCCACUGGUGGACCCUUCUGGCAAGUUCCAACAGGUAGAAGGGAUGGUUUAGUUUCUAAUUUGUCAGAAUCCACAAGAAACAUUCCUACUCCAUUUGAUAACUUCACCACCCUGCAAACUAAGUUUAACAAUGCUGGACUUGAUCUCAAUGACUUAGUCAUUCUAUCUGGUGCACACACAAUUGGAGUGUCUCACUGCUCAACAAUCAGCAACCGUUUGUACAACUUCACUGGGAAGUUAGAUGAAGACCCUGCACUAGACAGUGAGUAUGCACAAAAUCUGAAGAAAUUCAAGUGCAAGAGCAUCAAUGACAACACCACUUUGAUUGAGAUGGACCCUGGUAGCCGCAAGACCUUUGAUCUUGGUUACUAUAACCAAGUUGUUAAGAGAAGAGGCCUAUUCACUUCAGAUUCUCAGUUGUUGGUCAACAGUGUUACAAACUCUCUGGUGAACCAAUUGCUUCAAGGGUCACUUCGGAAUUUCCAUGCUCAAUUUGCAAUAUCUAUGGAGAAAAUGGGAAGAAUUAAUGUCAAGACAGGGACACAAGGUGAAAUCAGGAAGCAAUGUGCAUUGGUAAAUAGCUAAGAGUAAUUAAUGUUUUUUUUUUUUUUUUGACAAUGGAUUUGUGUCAUGGUAUUAUUACUAUAUUUUGUCCUUUUUUGUUGGCUUAUUUUAUGCUAUGCUGUAGGGUGUACUAUUUCAUAGGAGACCAUAUGGUGAGGGUGUUUCUUUAUGUGUUGGAAUAAGUGGGUUCCAUUUUCAUAAUUUUGUUUUGUUCUUAUUUUAUAGUUUGAAUGGUAGGGGAAGGUUAAUGCUCUUGCUGCAAUAAGGAUAAGUGAGAGAGGAAUUGUUGUGUUUCCCAUGUUCAUGUAUAAGAUGGAACCUGUUAAUUAAUUUUAUCCUUUUUCUGUACUUGUAAUUCAAUUCAUUUUUCUCUUAA